AUGAAGAGAUCUCAAAUCUUGUUGGUCGACGGUGAACAUUGCAAUGCGGCAUACUAUGCGGCCUGCACACCGAGCGGCUCGAAGUCGUAUAGUAUCUGCGAAGGUCAGGGUGGCGCACCGCUUGCUUCCUUCAGUAACAACGGCCAAUGCCUUCGCAUCGGCGUACAGCUGUACGUCGUCGAUGACACUGGCAAGUACCAGGUCUUUGACGGGACGGACGCGCCGAAGAAGAGAGAAUACAUCGAGGAGAUCGCGGGACGCAGUGAUGUGGUUAUCGUUGCCAGCCGACGGAUUGAUCCUGUGGUCAAGGCCGGGCAUUCUUCGUACGGAGCGGAGAGCCGAGGCUCGAAUUUAGUCCAUGGGACCAGUGACAGCGACGAGGAGUGGGCUGACUCGGACACUGAGGACGGUAUGACCUCUGAGUCUUCUGGUGACUUCGAGGAUGGUGGGUACCAGUCUUGGAGCGACACCUCUUCUGCAGGUUCUAGACCUGAAGACGAAUCGAACUCGGGAUAUGCGACCUCUCCAGACGAGCAAGGAAACAGUGAUCCAGAGUGCUCUGACUACGAGCAUGACGACCCUAUCAGUGAACUGAGGAUGCAGGUGGCUGAGGAAGAUAUUUAUGAUGACGAUGCGGAUGAUCAAUGCAUGGAAGAUGCAGAUGAAGGCGAGUAUGCUGACAGCGACGACUCGGGUAUCAGUUCAUCUGUAUUCGCCUUCGGUCAAAUCCGUCGAUAUGCAGGAGAGGAUCUCUACGAACGCCGAGGGCACGGCCGUGGCAGGACGAAAAACGUCGACGGCCCUGUGCGACACCAGCGGGCUCGAAUGCGCAUCUUCGCGCCUGAGCCUGAGGGCAGACUCUACCAGUUCUCUAGACCCACCUCGACAUCGCUGUCUGAUUCUCCUCCAGCUCUUCACCCCACUCAGCCAUUGGUAGUAUGGCCUUUGGGAGGACGGGAGGUUCUGUUCGUUGACUACGACUACGGCUCCUGUUUUAUCCGUGAAAUUGGUGCCACAUCGAAAGCGGCGUCUGAUGUCCUCACUAUGAAAUGUCGCUUCACGGACGAUGGUCGUUAUCUCCACAUUGCCGCCUUUGCAGGCAGUCCUGCGGCACCCGAAGAUGGGCACCCCUCGUCUUCCGAGUCUGAUGUCAAGCUGGUUGUGUAUUCGUACCGGCUUUCCGCACAAAAGCCUACGCGAAGUCUACCUAGAUUGGUGUAUACCUCUCAGCAGGUCGACAUAGGUGUUUCCGGCCGUGGAGAGCUUUCCCCUACACUCCCUUGCACCCUUACAUGGACUAGCACUCAUCUCUACGUGACCUGGAGUGGCAUGACACUCCUGGUCUAUCGAAUCCCUCUCUUCGGCCAACAGGAAUCCCCAGAGAACACGAUGGUUCAGCGGCCUAAGGAGACGAUACUGUUGCCAGCAAGUGCCAGGUAUCGCGACGUCUUCUUCUUCCCCCCCGGCGACAACGAUUCGCUCGCACAGAUCAUCGUAGGUGGACCCAUCAUCAGAGAGAAAAGGUUUGUACCGCUAGCAAUAGACCUAGUAACCCCCGUUGGUUGCACCUUGCACACUGUUGAACACCUAGGAGAUUGGAUCGACGCGGAUAACGCUUCGGAAUUGAAGCGAGACAAGGAGGCUGGUCAGUUUAUUGUACCGCUGGAGAAGUUUGAUCGUGAUGUGGACUGUCUCAUCGAACCCUUCCUAUGGCAGGGUUAG